AUGUCCAGCGGAGUAGCAAGGCUUCUAAUCAGGCUUGCCAUUGUUCGGGCAGGUACUAUAUCUGCUCCGAUUCUCACCAAGACCCCUGACUAUCCAGUUUAUUUAACAGGAGAAGCUGUCACAUUGGAUUGCACUGUGGAUGAUCCACGUCACCAUAACCAAUUUACCUUUUUUCAGAACAAUGCCAACCAUUUAUCACAGAGGAGUUCCACCUACCAUAUACAUAGUCUGCAAGAAAUGGCUACGGGAAAGUACACCUGUCAGUACACAGAUGGGAUAUUUACCACACCCAUGAGUAACUCCAUCAUAUUAUAUGUGAUUGACCGACCACUUGCUCCAAAAAUUUUCCUCAGACCUUCUUUAAAUACUGGAUCUGGGGAGCGCUGGUAUAUUCAGGGUGAAACUGUAACUGUGAUAUGUACUUCUCCAGAGCUUAAUAUGAAAGGAGUCCAAUAUUAUAUAAAUGGUGAAGUCAUCCACACAGCAAAUGCCACUGGGAGAGAAGCAACAUAUCAAAUGUUGAUAUCUAGCAGAAAACUGUCAGUCACAUGUAUGUACUGGAGAAUGGAACUUGGAAGGCAGAUUGAGUCACUGAUGAGUGAUCCUGUAACCCUCAAAAUAAUGGAUUACCCUCCAUCUCCCUCUAUAUCUCGGAGGCCCUCACACUCAGUGUAUACCAUGGAUGAGCCCAUAAUUGUGAUGUGUACCCCUCCACAAUCCUAUACAGUGAAAGGGAUUCGUUAUUACAAAGAGGAAAAAGAAAUCUAUGUUACAAAUGCACCACAAACCUCUUAUCGUGUUCCAAGAAAUGCUUCUGGGAAUUAUACAUGUGGGUACUGGAUAGAGAUAGAAGGAAGACAAAUACUGUCAUAUUUAAGUCAAAACAUUAAUGUGAGGAGGAUAGUCCCUGCUUCAGGUUUUUCUACAUCUUUGAAUCCGGCCCAAUUUGUAGAAUCUGACAUCUCCCAAUCUUCAGCCUGUUCUACACCAGCAGGGCCUUUAAUAGCAACACUGACCACAUCUGGUGUUCUGCCUCCAUCCUUUACAGCUCCUUCAACAUCUAGGACUACUGCACGUCUUCAAAGUACUCCUGGCACCCAGUCUACUGCUACAUCCCAAGCUCCCUCUACAUUUAGGACUACUUCACAUCCUCAAAGUACAACUGGCACCCAGUCCAGUGCUUCUCCAAAAGGUGAUAUUACUAUACCUUUAUGGAGUUAUGGUAUCGGUGGUGGAUUAAUAUUGAUACUAAUAUGUGUGGUCAUCCUUUUGAGAACUCAUGCCUGCUGCAGAGUGGACAAACAAUAAUUCUACUGGCAUGGAAAGUGAAAUAUCAGGAAAGAAUUCAGCACUGUUAGUCAUGCCUGCGCUGGACCAAGAUACAAAUGACAAAUUACAUGUUUAUUGUGAAAUUGAAAUAACUUCUAAUCCACUUGCACACAAGAAGCCAACAUCAUCUCCAAAACCUAAACCUGCCAUGCCUCCCACAAUCCCACCAUCACAAUGUGAUGCUUUAUUACAUUCAACGGUUCAGAAAAUGAAUCCUAUUUAUCAGUGUUCAACCU